CUUGUCAAAUUACACUCUUCUUACACCACAACCACAACUCAAAAGCUUCAUUUCUCCUCCAUUAACACAAAUCAAACCUCACCCUCAUUCUUCAACCUCAGAAAAUGACGAAUUUUACACUUAGAUCAGAAAAAUGGUGUAAAAUUCCACAAUAUCCGAUCUCAAAUUCUCAUUAUCAUCAUCAUCAUCAUCAUAAAUUGCAGAGUAGUAGAUUACAUUUGUUCUCUUUAAACCCUAAUUCCAAACUCAGAAUUAGAAGUGAAAGAAGUAGUGGUGUUAAAACCGGGUUACGAGUUAGUGAGUCAGAUAAAACUAAGUCGAUUACGCCUUCUUCGGGAGAAGAAAUUCAAUUAGUUGGAGAUGACAAUAAAAAUGGUGGUGGAAGUGGUGGUGGUGAUGAAGGUCUUCAUUUAAAAUGGCCUCCAUGGAAAGAUCUUCCAUUAAGAUAUAAGCUUAUUGGAACCACUUCUCUUGCUUUUGUUAUCUGUAAUAUGGAUAAGGUGAAUUUGAGUAUUGCCAUUAUACCAAUGUCACAUCAAUUCGGAUGGAAUUCGUCUACGGCUGGAUUGGUUCAAUCAUCUUUCUUUUGGGGUUAUGCAUUAAGUCAACUACCAGGUGGGUGGCUCGCAAAGUUAUUCGGUGGAAGGAAAGUUCUCGAGGUCGGAGUUUUAAUGUGGUCUUUGGCUACCAUCUGUGUUCCUUUUGCAGCAGGAUUUAUGCCCGCACUUGUCUUGUCUAGGAUUUUGGUUGGGAUAGGAGAGGGUGUUUCUCCAUCUGCUGCAACUGAUCUUAUUGCCAGGUCGAUACCAACAGAAGAACGCUCAAGAGCAGUUGCAUUUGUUUUUGGUGGUUUGAGUGUAGGUAGUGUUGCAGGGCUUAUCUUGGCCCCUCCCCUUAUCCAAACUUAUGGCUGGGAAUCUGUCUUUUACUUAUUUGGAUUUUUUGGAGUAGUCUGGUGCUUCGGAUUUCAGUUUAUCGAGGGGCAGUCAGCAUUUGCGGUUGAAAACAUAACAAGAACGCCCCAGAGUAUUGCUAGUGGCCCUGUGACAUCUAACUCCAGCACAAAAUCAUGGAAAGAUGUGGGCAGCUCACUAAAGGAUGUACCUUGGAAGUCGUUUUUUAAAAGCGAGGCAGUAUGGGCAAUGACAUAUGCUCAUUUUUGUGGAAGUUGGGGACAUUAUACUUGUUUAUCUUGGCUUCCGACUUAUUUUAGUGAGGAGCUGGAUUUGAAUUUGACUGAAGCUGCAUGGGUUUCUGUCCUUCCUCCCCUGGCUUCAAUUCUUGUUACUAGCGUUGCAUCACAAGUUGCUGACAAUUUAAUAUCCUCUGGGGUUGAAACAACAACGGUGCGGAAAAUUUGCCAAACAAUUGCGUUUUUGUCUCCUGCACUUUGUAUGACUCUUUCCUCUGUGGAUCUUGGGUUGCCUCCUUGGGAAGUGGUGGCGAUUCUCACUAGUGGCUUAGCACUAUCAAGCUUUGCUUUAUCAGGGCUUUAUUGCACCCAUCAGGACAUUUCUCCAGAAUAUGCAAGUAUACUUCUGGGUAUUACCAACACGGUUGGUGCAGUACCUGGAAUUGUUGGUGUUGCGUUGACGGGCUAUCUUCUUGAUUCAACGCAUUCAUGGAGUAUGUCAUUAUUUGCUCCGUCGAUCUUCUUCUACUUGACCGGUACUGCUGUGUGGUUAAAAUAUGCAAGCAGCAAGCCUCAAAAGUUCUCCAAGAGCGAUUGACCCAGUUUUAUUAACUUCGGGCAUUCGCUAUAUAUAAUUUUGAUUGUUGAUUCAUAGCACUACGGUGACUAUGACUGUUAUGUUGUAUAUCGACCCAUUGUUCAAAUUGAGAGUUGUAUAUAAAGCACAGAUCCACAUGUAAAUUCUUUAGAAAAGUAAUCGGAGCUGUGGAAGGUUGUAAUACCAGUAGUAUAUUAUUUACACUGUUGAUAGCUAUUCGGCAAUAUCGAUUAAACAAAAGAUCAAAAACAU